AUGCCGGACGCGCUCUUCAAGACGCCCAGCGGCCAAUUUCUGAGUGGGGCUGAUUUGUACAAAGGGUCUCAGAUCCUUGCAGCUGACUGGACCACCGUUUUGCAGGUUGCACUCCCACCAGAGAAGCAAGCUGCACGCGUCGCAGCAGCAGAGCUGAAAGUUGGCGACGAGGUCAUGGUUGGCGAACAAGUCCCCACAAAGCUGACCUCCAUAGAGUUUGUGCCGGGACCUGAGACUGUGUUGAAGAUUGCCUUCCAACCAGACAUGCCAGUGGCCGUCUUUAGCCCGCCAGCGUGCAUCCACAGCCACGGCCACAAGCUCCAGGAGAUUCGUCGCGCAGGGAAGCAUUGCCGCCGCAAGGGCAGGAAGAUGACAGUGCAAGCAGACUCCUGGAGCAUUCCCGACACCGCUCCAGGGUACUAUUCGGAUUGA